CGCACGGAGUGAUCACGUAUAAACGGCGCAGUCAUGUCGAGGUCUUUCUACGUUGAUUCUUUAAUAAUCAAGGAUACAGUACGACCUGGACCAGCUGAACAUUUAGGACAAGACUUCCUUAUUCCCAUCAGCAUGCACUCUCCGAGCGUAAUGUCGGUCAGCGCUCCGGUGUGUCCCUCCAGGAAAAAUGGGACUUUCUGUGUUUGUCCAUUGUGCGUCACGUCCCACAUCCACUCUUCUCGCAGCGGCAUUCCCAUGCUGAAGAGUCAGUUUCCAGGAGCGGAGGCGCAGUAUUGUCAGAGAUUAACGCAACAGCAGUCUUCUACUCUCGCGCACCCAGGACAUACACCUGUCUGCACACCCACCUUCAGCGUCACAGAUCCCAGGAGAUACCACUGCCUUUCUCUUGGCACUUCUGAGAACAGCCACAUACAGAAUGGCAAGAGGAUGCGCACAGCUUUCACAAGCACACAACUCCUGGAACUCGAAAGAGAGUUUUCCACUAACAUGUAUCUUUCUAGACUCAGAAGAAUCGAAAUCGCCACUUAUUUGAACCUGUCAGAAAAGCAGGUGAAAAUUUGGUUUCAAAACCGCAGAGUGAAGCACAAGAAGGAAGGCAAGGCCACCCAAAGGAGCGGAGCGCACAGCGGUUGCAAGUGCACAUCCGCUCACACGGACUAUUCCAGAUCAGAGGAUGAAGAGUCUUUAUCUCCGGCCUCUGCUUCGGAAGAAAAAGAGGUGUCACCCAUGUGAGAAAAAACUCAACUCCCUCGGAAUUCCACUGCUGGCACUUAUUCUGCCCUGCAUGCUGCAGUUAUGGGUCAUGGCAAACUCUAAAACAAACAAAGAAAAAAAUAAAGAAUCUGCAUGAAAUCCAAGAAGAGCCGAUGGCAGAGUUCAGUGAUAUCCGCUUCCAGCUAUUCAUUGAAAAGAUAAUAAAUGUGGUUAUAUGUUCGUGAAGUAUUUGGGACCUCGACCUUAUCUGUGUAAAAUAUCGUUGCUUAUGGUUCUUCUUGGAAUUCUCACCUUUAUACCGCGUUUUGGUUAAUUAUCUAUAAAUGCUGACAGAAGUUUCCAGAUUUUUCAACACUGUCAGAA